AUGUCGAAAAUCAAUGCCAAAACCACAUUCGAGGCGUCGCGCACACUGCACCCUAUAUAUACUGGCGGGAGCACCUCGUUAGACGCCAGCGGCCGCAUUCUUGCAACAUGUGUCGGGGAAGAUGCGCUUAUUGUGGAUCUCACCACGGGCGAUCAGUUGGCCAGUAUUGAAGGUGAUGGAGAGAUUAUUACUAGCUUAGCAAUCACGCCGUCGGCAUCCCACGUUGUUGUUUGUUCACGAUCUAUGUCCAUGCGCUUUUACUCAUUGACGCCUUUCGAUAUUCACGAAAAGAAAAGCAUUGACACUACUUUUAUAAGAAGCGUCAAAGCUCAUACUUCUCCUGUUGUCACCACAGCCGUCGAUUCUACUGGCACCCUCUUGGCUACUGGCGGCGCCGACGGAUCGAUCAAGAUCUGGGAUAUCAGGGGUGGAUAUAUCACACAUACAUUCCACGGGCAUGGAGGUGUCAUAUCUGCUCUUUGUUUCUUCGAGGCUAUUACAAACGUGAAUGAUGGGGCCAGGUCCCAGCGAAGGGAUAAGAAGCCAGAGAAUUCUGAAACAUCGAGGACGAUUCGCUUAGCAUCAGGUGAUGAAGAGGGUAAAGUACGAGUUUGGGACUUGCACAAAAAGAAGUCAAUUGCUUCUUUGGAAUCACACGUUUCAGUGGUGCGAAGUUUGUCGUAUUCUCCUGUUGAAAACGUGCUUCUUUCGGCUUCCCGGGAUAAAACAGUAAUUAUCUGGGAUUCUCGCACGUGGAAAACGCGCCGCAUAAUUCCAAUUCUAGAAAGUAUAGAGUCUGCAGGGUUUAUUUCCGAUACUAGUCUCUGCUUCACUGGUGGAGAGAGAGGUGUAUUGCGCAUCUGGGAUACGAACAGAGGCGGGGAAAUUAUUCAGGAACAAGAAGAAGGUUCCGACACUGACGCUAUUGUCGCGACACAAUAUUCUUCAGAUUUACCGUUCGUGGUUACUGUCCAUGCUGAUCAGACAUUGCGGCUACACUCCAUCGAUGCUCUGAACGACUACAAGCCAGGGUCCUCAUUAGAGCCCCUGCCAGUGAUAAGGCGAAUCUCGGGGAAUGACGAUGAAGUCAUCGACUUGGCUUAUAUUGGCCCAGAGAGAUCACUGCUGGCGAUGGCAACGAAUACAGAAAGCAUCCGUGUCGUGUCUAUCGCAGCUCCUAAACAAGGCAGCCAAGGCGACGGAGAGAACGAUGGCUUUUUUGGUGCAGACGUUACUUAUCUAGAGGGACACGAUGAUAUUAUUAUCUGCCUAGAUGUUGACUGGUCUGGCUACUGGCUUGCAACUGGUGCAAAAGAUAACACAGCUCGUCUUUGGCGCCUUGACCCUGAAACCUCGUCAUACACCUGUGCGGCUAUUUUGACUGGCCAUGCUGAAUCAUUGGGAGCAAUUGCUCUUCCAAGAGCUCCUCCCCCAGUUGGAUCAAAGGCAUACAACGACCCAUCAAACCAUCCUCCGGCGUUUCUCUUCACGGGUUCUCAGGACCGAACUAUCAAAAAAUGGGACACUGCUAAAUUGGGGUCGCAAUCGUCCUCCGUAAAAGCAGCAUAUACCAGAAAAGCCCACGAAAAAGAUAUAAAUUCAUUGGACGUGAACUACACAGCGACCCUUUUUGCUUCAGCUUCUCAAGACCGCACUGUGAAGAUUUGGUCCGCAGAAGAUGGAUCAGUAGUUGGUAUUCUUCGCGGCCAUAAACGAGGCGUAUGGUCUGUCAGGUUUUCGCCUCGCGACAUGCCUAUUAUAAGUUCCAAUGCUGGGACGAGCACGAGUCGUGGAUUGGUCGCAACAGGCUCAGGUGACAAGACUGUCAAAAUCUGGAACUUGGCAGACUUUAGUUGCCUUUUCACAUUUGAGGGCCACACAAACAGCGUUCUCAAAGUGAUUUGGCUACCUCCUUCACAGUUGUCGUCUGAUAAUGAUACAGACGAUGCUGAUGCCAAAACUGUAACGCGUCCACUCCUUGCCUCUUCCGCUGCUGAUGGCCUAGUAAAGAUUUGGUCUCCUUAUAGCGGCGAAUCCGAGGCCACAUUGGACAAUCACACAGACCGAGUUUGGGCUCUUGCUUGUCCCACACCUUCGGGUUCACGAUCAGAUGUCAAGUCCCCAUCAAUCUCACCAUUCUCUCUAGUUUCAGGGGCUGCCGAUUCGACCGUUACUUUCUGGACUGACACAACCUCGGCCACACUUACUGCAGCAGUGUCGGCUAAUUCCGCCCGCAUUGAGCAAGACCAACAGCUCCAGAAUUAUAUCCGUACCGGUGCUUACAGAGAAGCUAUCACACUUGCCCUUCAGCUCAAUCAUCCCGCUCGAUUACUAUCGUUAUUCACCGCCGCUAUCGAAGAGGUCGAUGGAAACUCGGCCAAAAAAGAAGACGGCGACAACAUCAGCAGCCCAACGUUAACUGGAAAUAGCUCCGUGGACACAGUUCUGCAGUCGCUAGACAAAGAUAACCUAUACAUGUUACUUCUUCGUCUCCGUGACUGGAACACAAAUGCACGCACAGCAAAGGUCGCUCAACGCAUUCUAUACACUCUAGUCCGGUCAUACCCAGCUUCAACAUUCAUUGAACUGGCCAAUCGCCCUCCUCCAGCAGCUGCUGCGCAGGGCAAACGAGGCCAGAAAGAUGCUAGCAAGAUCUCUCUAAAAGAAGUUUUCAGUGCUCUGUCGUCAUACACUGAUCGACAUUAUCGGCGCGUUGAAGAGCUGGUUGAUGAGAGUUACCUUGUUGAAUGGAUUCUUGAUGAAAUGGAAGGUGGUAUGGGUCUAGUUUCGGGCUUGUCUGGUGACAAAAAAGAUGUUACUGGUGAUGGGCAUGAAGAAGAUGUUACUAUGCUGGGGGCAUGA